ACCCGACUGAAUGAAGUCAGCUGACCUCAGGCUGCUGUCACGCACCGCAGUAUCAACCGUUUCUCUCUCGAGUUAGAACAUUGACCUGCGAAGAUGGACAUGUCCAAGCUGCCCAAGAUCAGAGAUGAGGAGCGAGAGAGUCAGUUUGGAUACGUGCAUGGUGUCUCUGGACCAGUGGUGACAGCCACGGCCAUGGCGGGAGCAGCCAUGUAUGAACUGGUCCGUGUGGGUCACAGUGAGCUGGUGGGGGAGAUUAUCCGGCUGGAGGGAGACAUGGCCACCAUCCAGGUCUACGAGGAGACGUCUGGUGUGUCGGUGGGAGACCCUGUGCUGCGGACAGGGAAGCCCCUCUCUGUCGAGUUGGGUCCAGGAAUCAUGGGGUCCAUCUUUGAUGGUAUCCAGCGACCCCUAAAGGACAUCAACGAUCUCACAAAGAGCAUCUACAUCCCCAGAGGAGUCAACAUCGGGGCUCUGAAUCGAGACCUCAAGUGGGAGUUUUCUCCCAGCAAGAGCCUGCGGGUUGGAAGUCACAUCACAGGAGGAGAUAUUUACGGCAUGGUUUACGAGAACUCUCUCAUCAAGCACAAAAUCAUGCUGCCUCCUAAGAACAGAGGAACUGUGACCUACGUGGCUCCACCUGGAAGCUAUGACAUUUCCGAUGUGGUGAUGGAGCUGGAGUUUGAGGGCAUAAAGGAGAAGUUCACCAUGGUGCAGGUGUGGCCUGUCAGACAGGUGAGGCCUGUCACAGAGAAGCUGCCCGCAAAUCACCCGCUGCUGACUGGGCAGAGAGUGCUGGACGCCCUUUUCCCAUGUGUGCAGGGAGGAACCACGGCCAUUCCAGGAGCCUUUGGCUGUGGGAAGACUGUCAUCUCUCAGUCCCUAUCCAAAUACUCCAACAGCGACGUCAUUAUUUAUGUAGGCUGCGGGGAGCGUGGAAAUGAGAUGUCAGAAGUACUGCGAGACUUCCCCGAGCUCACCAUGGAGGUGGAUGGAAAAACGGAGAGCAUCAUGAAGAGAACAGCACUGGUGGCCAACACCUCCAACAUGCCCGUCGCUGCCAGAGAGGCCUCUAUCUACACAGGGAUUACUUUGUCAGAGUACUUCAGGGACAUGGGGUAUAACGUGAGCAUGAUGGCUGACUCCACCUCCCGUUGGGCCGAGGCUCUCAGGGAGAUUUCAGGCCGUCUGGCUGAGAUGCCUGCUGACAGUGGAUAUCCUGCCUACCUGGGCGCCCGACUCGCCUCCUUCUACGAGCGUGCUGGAAGAGUCAAGUGUCUCGGCAACCCUGAGAGGGAGGGCAGCGUCAGUAUUGUGGGAGCUGUAUCGCCUCCUGGUGGUGACUUCUCAGAUCCCGUCACUUCAGCCACGCUCGGUAUUGUUCAGGUGUUCUGGGGUCUGGAUAAGAAGCUGGCUCAGAGGAAGCACUUCCCCUCUGUCAACUGGCUCAUUAGCUACAGCAAAUACACCCGGGCUCUGGAUGAAUAUUACGACAAACACUUCCCAGAGUUCGUGCCUCUGCGUACCAAGGCGAAGGAGAUUCUGCAGGAGGAGGAGGACCUGGCUGAGAUUGUGCAGCUUGUUGGAAAGGCUUCAUUGGCAGAAACUGAUAAAAUCACCCUGGAAGUGGCUAAACUCAUUAAAGAUGACUUCCUGCAGCAGAAUGGCUACACUCCUUAUGACAGGUUCUGUCCUUUCUACAAAACGGUGGGCAUUCUGUCCAACAUGAUAGCUUUCUAUGACAUGGCCCGGCACGCAGUGGAGACCACAGCUCAGAGCGACAACAAGAUCACCUGGGCCAUGAUCAGGGAGCACAUGGGAGAAAUCCUGUACAGGAUCAGCUCCAUGAAAUUCAAGGUUUGUUUCAGGUGGAAGGAGACGUUUACAGCAGGGUCGGCUUCAAAACUGGAGCUAAAAAUGUUGCGUGGCUGUUUAGUUUAA